AUGGAUGGGUCUGAUGAUGAGCAGGUACCUAAGCAGCCAGAGUUUAAUGCUAAGAGUGACAUGAGAAAUGUUGUACUAAAGAAGGAGAUGAAGUUUCCUAAUGCAAAGGUGUUCAGAGUUGCUUUGAGGGAGUAUGCAAUUAAAAAACCUAUUGACAUCAAAUUCAAGUUUAAUGAGAGGACCAAGAUAUCAGUUCACUGUAAGAAUGAGUGUGGGUCGACAUGUUAUGCAUCUCAAAUAAGUGGAGAGCUAACUUUUCAGAUUAAGACCUUGACUGAUGACUAUACUUACCCUAAGUCUUUUAAAAAUAGUCAAGCAACAUCAGCUUAUGUUGCUAAGUGGUCAAAGAGAAAGGCAAAAGAUUUGAUCAAUGGAGAUGAGCAACUGCAAUAUGGAGUCCUUAGGGACUAUGCACAAAUGAUAAACAUUGAAGACAAGGGAAGUAGGGUUAUACUACAGACAAAAAUGACUGAUGAGACUUCCCAGCCAAAAUUUAAGAGGAUGUAUGUUAGGUUCAACGCUCAGAAGGUAGGAUUUUUAGGUGGAUGCAGGUCAUUUUUUGGUUUAGAUGGUUUUCACAUAAAGCACGUAUUUGGAGGGCAAAUCUUAUCUGCCACUGCCAAGGAUGCAAAUGACAACAUUUUUCCAAUAGUCAUGGCUGUUGUGGAACAAGAAAACAAGGAGUCUUGGAUAUGGUUUUUGGAAAUUUUUGCUGAUGAUAUAGGAAGGCCAAAGGAGUUUCAGUUGGUCUUCAUUUCUGAUAGCCAAAAAGUAUGCAAGUUUUGUUCAGUUAUACUUGAAUAG